AAGUACAAAGUCCUUAAUUUUAUUCGUCAAAACUUAACUUUCAUUUUACAGGUUUCAUAGGUGUUGUAAGUAGCGGACGGGUCGCUGAUCGAAUAAAGGGUCCUGGAACUCUUGAAACAGAGCCCGGGGAAUUUCCAUAUUUUGUGAAUAUCGUUGACAAGUGGUCGAAAGAGCUGAUUGGAUCCGGUAUACUUCUACAAUCCCGGGUCGUUCUUACAUGUGGUUACCAUUACAUUGAUAAAAGAGCAUUCUUCCUUGAAGUGAUUCUCGGUGAAUACGACAGAGCUAAUGAAACUGAAGAAUCUAAACAAGCCAUGGAAGUGUCGAAAGUUCUACUUCACCCAAAACUAGAUCCUACCAAUGGAAUUGAAGGGGAUGUUGCUUUAUUACAGCUUGAAAAUGAGCCGGAACUAGGAGAAAGGGUCAAGACGUUCGGUCUACAAAAUUUAGCUAAAUCUUCAAAGGAAGACAAGAACAUUCAUAAGAAAAAAGGCGCGUGCAUAGUUCCGGGAUAUGGCUUCAUUAAAUGGGAUAAAUUUCAGACUCUACUACCCACAACUAUGAGGAAGUACAGUCCAGCCAUGCUAAAACCAUCGAUUUGCACUGGUGGUGAAAUACUUUAAGAAACUGUUUUUAUGUGCUUUUAACCAAGACUUGACAAACACAUGCAAGUAUGACGGUGGCACACCUUUGCUGUGCAAGAGCAAAGGAAAGACUAAAUUGUACGGAGUGACGAUGGGGGCUUUUGGGUUUACCCAGUAUUGUAA